AUGGCGACCAAGAGAGGCUUGGCAGACAAGAAUUUCUCUGUUCAGUGUAAUAAUAACGAGACAACUGUUAAUGCUCCUGACGAGAUCCCAAUUCAAGUCACAUACCCAAACACGAUACCGGAAGCUCAAGAAUCCACGACAAUAACAAGCCAGAUGGACGGUUUAAGUGUACCUAUCCAACACCGAAGUGGCAACAUGGCCGUGUCAGCUUCAUUGACGACGCAAUUGGUAGUCGCACCAGAGUUUGAGACGGUUCAUGACUCAUGGGAGGCAUUGGAUGAAGCGUUGAAAAUUUACGGGAAGAAUUCGUACCAACUUUAUGUCAUUCGCUCUACCACAUCCGUGAAACGCCGUAAUAUCAAGAUUCAAGAAAGUUCCGGAAAAGGAAGUCUUACUCCUAAAGUCGGUACGUUCAAGAGGGCGAGGAUCGAACUCGGUAUGAUCUCAAGUAACCACGAGAUGGAUCUUGCUGGUGAGAAAACUCUAAUCCCAGAACGUUAUCAAUGGUAUUCCAAAUCGCUUAAGUGUACGCACGGAUGGAAAAAUCGCUAUCGUGGUACAGGAAAGCGUGGUUCGGGAGUAGUGCGCUCGACCAGUUGCCCAGCGAAAAUGUGCGUGACUUUGCAGCAUCGUGGAAGUGGUCCUGACGAUUGGAAAGUGGUGGUGACGAAGCAUGUACGGACUCACAACCAUCAAUUGUCAAAAGAGUUGUAUCUAUAUUACACGGAAAACCGGCGCAUUUAUGACCCUGACCUGCUUGCAGCAAAGCCAUCUAUCGAUUUUGAAAAUGCGAACCUUUCCUCGUUUAUCGAUCCGGCUUAUCAGCGAUCGGGCCUCUCUAAGGGCAUCCAGCAACAGGUUUCAUCAAUCUAUUCUGUGCCAGAUUCAUCGUCAACUGGAGUUGUUAUUGACAGCCGAACAAAUAUGCAACGGAUUCCGGACUCCGACAACAGCUUCGAAAGCCAGCCGCGCACGACUUCAGCUGCUACAAAUACACCGAUGCCGCCUUUGGGUACGAUGAUUUUGACGCCAGGAACGAUACCUUCGACAGCAAUGGAUGGAGGCGGCUACUGUGUACCCCGUGUAUCGGUAAAGGUACAUACAUGCUGGAAAACAUUUCACGAUUACAUUGCACAAUACGCGUUUGAUACAUCUCAAAUUUAUCGCACUCGAUCGACAGUGUCAGUUGCUGCUCGGAACGCCAAAAUUCUUGCAUCAAUAGCUGCAAAAACAGUAGACGAAGGUCAUGAUGUGGCAAGCUAUGUGAAUUAUACCACAGCCGCUCCAAAGUCACGUUUGAUUCCUGAUGAGUGCAAAUGGUUUUCGAAACUGCUUAUUUGCACGUAUGGCUGGAAGCGCAGAGGGCGAAGUAAUGCCUCACAACAAUGCGAGCAGGACGAUAGACCUUGUCCAGCUAUGCUGCUGGCUAGGAUGGAGCGCAAUGUCAACGGGAACUGGCGUGUUAUCAUCAAUCGUCAAGUGGUAGAACAUAACCAUCGAUUAGGCCGCCAAAUUGACGAUCCUGGUGCUACAUACCACGAGCCUCUUGGUGAACUUGCUGGCAUGCUAUCGCAUGAGCAGCCAUAUGAUUCAACUACGGUACCACCGACAUCCAGUGCAGAUCCUUCUUCAUUGAUAGAGUUGCAAACAAUUUCGACACAAUCUGGAGUUGUCGAUACACAAACAGACGUUGAUGAGACACAACCCUCACCGUUAAAUCAGCGCGAAAUCGUCGUGCGGGUGCCUCGACUCCAGUCAAUAUUUAGCUCUUGGGAUGAUUUUCAUGCAAGCCUUAGAAUUUACUCAAACGCUACGUAUCAGCUCUAUCGUACUAGAACGACCAGCUCAGUCAAAGGACGAAACAAAAAGAUUGCUCAAAUGAAAAGCAAAAGCGAGGAGAUUGAUGACAAAAAUGACACUGAUAGUGAUUUGGAUACACCGCUAGAUGAAGUCAAUGCAACACGCAAGAUUCCGGAAUCUUGGAGAUGGUACUCAAAGACAUUAACGUGCACACAUGGCUGGAAGGAGCGGCACCGUGGUACAGGAAAACGCAACGCACAUGGUGUGCGCUCUACUGCGUGUCCUGUAAAGAUCUGUGCUACCGUUCAGCAUCUGACUCCAUCCACAAUGCUGGAAAAGGACGCUAUGUCGGCUGCGAGCAAAGAGGUGACGUCAGAAAGUUGCUGGCGUGUGGUCGUGACAAAACAUAUUGUUGAUCAUAACCACAAUUUGUCUCGGGAAUUGUACCAGCACUAUUGUGAAAACCGUCGGAUAUAUGACCCAGAGCUUCUCGCGAUUGAUACGUCAAAUACCAGCAUUGUCACGACCCAUAAAACGGGUAGCUCGAGCUUACAGAAGCAUGAUGGCAUGGUUACUGAUGCGGAUAGACCAAAUAUUCAAUCCAAUGAAAGUCAAUUGCAUCCUAAAAGUGUGCUCUCGAUGCAGCUCGAAGCUGGGUUGGCAGAAGCGGUGAACCAAGCACAUCUUUUAAGCUUGUCUGGUAUUAAUCAAUCUACGAGUUUUGGCAUGAGUGGAGUGCCAGCAUCCCUUGCCAGCGCCUCGAUUGCACAGCAGACCGUCCCGUCAGUUGUUCUGCUUCCGUAUAGCUCUACUAUCUCUUACCUUCCUACUCAAGCGCAAACUUCACAGCAAGGAUUGCUACAACAGCAACACGAAGUGCAACAACAACAUACCCAACCAGCAUUCAUGAAUGCUGAAAAUAUUGGACAACAUAGCGCCACUGUGGCUUCCAAUGCCAUAAAUUCAGCCAAUGUUGUGCUGUUUAACAAUUCAGGAAUGACAGUGACGAGCACAUUACCCCCUUCUGGUUCAAGCGUUAUUUCUAGAGCAUGUCGGGUUCACGGAUCGUCAGUUGGAACGGAUGAUGGAACAAUGGGUUUCACUGAUAAUCAAGCUACACAGUGCUCGUGUUUUCGAAUUGCAGGAGGUGGCAACUACGUGACAAUUGUCCCUGCUAGCGAGCCCAUGGGAUCCACAGAUACUUUGGUAAAUUCUGAUGAAGAUGCGAAAAUGUUUGCAGAGACUGACGGAGUCUGGCAGCCAUCUUCGAAGCUCGAGAUUGAAAAGGUGACGACAGAGAGUGGAGCCACAAUUUGGCGUGUACCUCGAAUAUUGCGGCGAUAUCCAACUUGGGAUAUAUUUCACAAAUAUUUAGAUACGUACUCUAUUGCUACAUUUCAACUAUAUCGCGUGCGCACGACGUAUUCCGUACGCUCACGUAACAUUCGCCUUCGGCAAUUGGCUGCUAGUCGAGGUCUUGUGGUGCGCGAAGGUGGAAAUGAUGAUGCAAGCGAGACGGAACAAGAAGGGGAUCAUGGCAUCUCACGAGCACAUUUAGUGCCAGAAGAGUACGAUUGGUACUCAAAAACUUUUCUCUGCACGCAUGGUUGGAAACGUCGAAGUCGAGGGCGUGGACAACGUCUGAGUCACAAUGUUCGAGCCACAGAAUGCCCCGCAAAAGUGUGUGCCACUCUACAGCGCACGGAUGGAUCAAGCAACUGGAGUGUCGUUGUUACAAAACACUUGGCCGAGCAUAAUCACGAAUUAUCGGAAGCACUGUACCAACAGUACUCUGAAGUACGUCGUGUACGUGACCCAGCAGUGCUCGCACGAGCAGAGCAUCUCUGGCGAACUGGAGCGACACGUCGUCGCGUAUUUGAGUUUUUGAAAGAGCAGUCUCCAAAUCAAUUAAUUCUCAUGAAAGACGUGCAUAACCUUGUGCAGCGAUGGCAGACUCAAGAGCGCCGUCCAAGACUAGAAGGCGAGUCUGAGACUCAGAGCCAUGUCUACGUACAACAACCAGGAUCGAAGCCAAUGAGCAUUGUUCAGUUAGAAAUGACAUAUUUUCAAGGUGGUGACUUUAUUGAGCUCUUAAGUGCGCAGGGCAAGUCGCCAGCUGCUGCAUGGAAGAUUCAAGGUAAAGUUUCGAAAACGUUUGACAAAGGGAUCAAAGGCAACGUGUUUCUUUUUGAUGGCAAUGCUGAAACCAAAAUGCAAUUGCCUAAAACGACGUCGUGCUCUCUUGGAUUGACCCAACGGUUUGUUCUUUUGCAGCUUUUCGUGCCAUUUACGCGGUCAUUGUCCGUGGAAAUGUGCUUUGCUGAUGUUCAAAAAGUGCGUCGUCGAUUCGUCAUUGCGUCAGCUUUUCGCGAGCUGGUACAAACGACGCUGCAUGUGCAAUUGCCACUGACUACAACCGACGUGCCUCGAGAUGAAUGGGUAAACCUUGUGUUCGAUCUUCAAACGUUAGCGGCAUUGCAUUUUCCAACUACAAAGUAUCGCUCUUUGGAGUCAAUAAGCGUGAGUGGAACCUGCCGACUCAAGCGCAUUUUCACCAUGAAAGAUGCUCCCACUCCAUCAAUUGGCUCACAAUUUGAUAGUUACGCUGACAGUCGAGAAAUUCCACGACAGUUUGGCUUUUCAGCAAAAAAGCAUGGAUCUAAUGACCUUCAACCCGUUAUUACGCUCUAUUUCGCCGAAACGGCUUCAUCUGUCGGUAGAAUCAAAGGCUUAGCCGUCCCCGCGAAAACCAGUAGAAAAGCUAGUGUUCAACGAAGGGAAAGUGUUCACACACGUCAACAGACGGAUAGCACUAAAUCACAUUCGCGUGCGCUGACUACAGAUUCUAUGCAAGAGCCGCAAUUGAAUUUUGAUGAAGACUCAAAUAGUCGACGAGAGAGCUAUCGAAGAGAUCGUGGACUUUCAUCGCGUGAACAUAAUCGAGUUGUCAAAGUAGAUGAAAGCUCUGUGAAGAAGGAACGUAAAGACAAGUCGUUUGAGGAUUUCAAGCGAUCAUCCUUUGAGAUGAAAGAAGAGGAGAUCCUAGCUGCAACUUCUCCAGAAUGUCGCAGUGCAGAUGAAUUUCAUCGGUUCGGUAAUGGCCAUUCUCAUGUAGUCGAAUCGUCAUCUACUAGCCGUUGUCAUUCUGAAACUGAACCUGAAAAUCUACGUCAAUCAAUCUUAGGAGAAAUUCAGCAGAAGAUUGCAAUAUUAGAAGCGCAGGAUGAACAAAAUGAUCAACGCGACCAGAAACUAUUUCUUCGUCAUACGUCCAUUCACAGUGGCGAGUGGCACCUUCAGCAGCUUCAAGAUGAAGAUAUGAUCGAUAGGAGUCUGCUGUCAGAUGACGAAGAUGACGAUCUUCAACUAAGCGUAUCGUGGCGACGAGAACUGCGUGAAGCAAAUGCACAUGAGUCAUCGUCGUCUUUUACACUGGCGCAAGACAGCAAGGACAAGGAAAAAAUGUCUGCUAGCGACUUGAACGAGAAAUCAAUCUUUGCUUUUCCACGAUUGAUGGAGCCUCAAAGUGUAUCUACUGCGAAACAGUCUGAUUUUGAUUUACUGCAAGAUUGCAAGCCCUCACUGGGCCACGAAGAGCGAGAUAAAUUUACCAUCAAAUCUGUUACUCAGCUUGAAAGUCAGGAUGUAUGCGAAUUUACAAAUGAAGAUGACGACGAUGAUCUGGAGCUCUUAAAUCUCCUAGCAGCCAAACGGCUUAAGAGACAGCUCACAUUACAAGAACCAUCAACGAGUGGUGAAAAUGGCACGUAUUUCCAUCAGAUAAGUCAAAGUUCUCUAUCAAAAGAUGCUGAUCAGAUGAAUAAGGUUAGAGACAGCAUUCAAUUGGUAGAAUCAUCGUGUAGUCCGCCAAGUAUCGUAGCCAAAAACGGAGCUAGUUUGCAUGCUGCAUCAUAUAUCGAAAAAAAUCAAGGCGAUGGCGAAAGCGAGGAUGAUUUGAAUGGGCUUUCGAUCGACUUAACCAACGAGCUUCGUGUCAGCGCAGAUCAUGGACAUAACACAAAAUGUGAAGAGAACAUUACAAUUGAACUCAGCCCAGCUAAUUCUUAUACAGACAAAAUUAAUUUCGAGAACGCAAACCUCAAUGACAAAGACCUUGAUGACAAAGAUUCCAGCUUCGAUUUUGCGGAUCUUGUCGACAAAGCCGACUCCAUUGAUAGCCGUAAUGAAGAUGAGAUUAAAGAGGACCACAUCAUAGCCAAUUCAACAAUUCAGGAGAAGUCAGCAUUUAGUAAACGACAAUAUGUUCCAGCGUCCCCACGGACAAUAAAGCCAAUUGCGUUUCCAAUGAUCAAGUCGCCUCAAACUUUUCGAAACAAUCAAGUACGCGAUAUAACUCCGACUCGUUCGACGGAUGUUUCGUCGUCAUUGUCUUCUCGUCGACUACAAAGUUUGCUUGAAUCAACAGAUUGGAAUGCCGAACUGGAUGCUCAGAGCAAACGUCAUCGUCUCAUUCUCAGCCAUCUUUGA